AUGGCAGCAGGACAUCUAGGUAGCAUCCGUCGUGGUCAUUACCAUGCUGACUUUGAUGAACCCCAUCUCGACCAGCUUGUCAACGAGUCCGUCUCGGCGCUCGCCCCCUUUACUGCUCUGAUCCUCACGAUUACUAUCGUGAUGCUCUUUCUGAUCAAACUCUAUGUCAUCGAGAGAAUACUCAUGCGCACGAAACGCUACCGUCGCCAUUUCGACCAUCUUGGCCCGAUCCAACAAUGUACUUUCAUCAACCACCACGUCGCUGCAGGUUGCAAGAUCGUUCUUCUGUUUUCGGCAGCCUAUCCAUUUUUGGCUGUUGCUUUCGGUCACUCGACACUCCAAUCACCAAUCAUACCACAUCACAGACCUACGAACGGAGACGUUCUGAUCGUCUGCGCGCAGAUCUUUACUGCCAUGUACAUCUUCGAGCUCUUCUUUCGAAGGACAAUUAGUGUCAUCAGUGCGGCACACCAUAUUGGGGCAAUCGUCAUAACGCAAUCAGCUGUGGCCAUCAGCUUGAACUUCCAGCACGAAAAGGAUGCAACUUUUGAGUUUGUCUUGUGCUUUGUAUGGGGUGCUUUCGACAUCGUAGCCGAACUCUGGCCUCACAUUGCCAUGAUUCUCUACCGCUUGCACCCAGGUCGGCACUCCUUGAUGUACAGACUCUUUCUUGCCACGACAAUUGUCGAGCUUGCAGGGACCGUGUUCGAGACCAUUAUCGUGUUCUGGCUCUGGGGAACAUUGUGGGAUCAAUGGACAUUGCCUUUCAAAAUCGUGACUCCUAUUCUGCAUGCACUCUUCAGCGCCGCCCAAUUACUCGGCGCUUGGGUAUUCUGGCGAAUGGCGACAAAGGAGAAGUCAUCAAUCAAUGCUAUCGAGGUUGAAUCGGGCGCACCCAAAAUUGAGGAGACAGUGUCAGACGAUCCAUCAAGAGCACUUGAAGGAGAAAGAGGAGCAGAUGGAGCGAUCAUGUUUCCCGGUAAUAGGGCAAGUUCAUGA